ACUUUACUAUUUAUUAAAUAAAGAAAAAUCGUCGUGUUUUCCCUGGGCCUAACGGUACCACAUAUUUCGGUGAGUAUUUGUGCUAAGCGCUACUGCGCAAUCCCACGUUCUAGGAUUUCAGUGGAUUUCAGCGACGCUGAUGGGAGAGGAGGCGCGAUUGUUGCGUAGUAGGUAAAGUCAUACGGUUGUGUGCGGAAGGUAGCGCGUGUUCGUGAAGGGCUCCCGUCCGAGGAAACGGCAUGAUGAUGAGCGGUACCGGUUUACCUUUGUACGCGUGGCGCACGGCCGUGAUUGUGUCUAGCGUACUUAGAACUAAGUGUAUCAGCAGUGACAAUGCAUUGUGAUCUUAGUUGUCGUUGCACGAAAAAGUCGAGGCCGUCGUCGUCGUUGCCACCACCGCCGCCGCCGUUGUCAUCGGGCGCGCGUUGUCGUUAUUUGGCACCGGUAUCCCGAUACGGUCCGUCGUGGAAUGGCAGCGGCCCUAAAGAAAAAUCACUCACGUAGACGAUUGGCCGCCCUCACUUUCCUGUCCAACAUCUCCCUCGACGGCAGUCACCGGGACACCAAGUUCGCCGUCCUGUCACGCAGCGGGCCGAGUCACGCGCGCAGGUUUAGCGAUGGCCAGUCUGAACGGCAGGCGGUGCUGGAGGUAUGCCGGAACGCCGACUUUGAGCUCUCCAUGGAGGAGGUGCUAGACGUCUGUCCCCCAGAGGAGACGCACGACUUGUCGCAGAAUGAGACGAUAGAGAACAACUCUCCGCAGCCGGUGCACAAGAGCACCGAUCACAACUCCUUCAGUUCUGAUUCGGAUGGACUACUCACUCCUGCCAAGGCAGCAGUUACCAUGUUCUUGGAGCAGGAGAGAAAUCAUUUACAGUUUUCUUGUGGCAUGCACAGUUCGUUUAGAGAACGAACGGGAACUACCGGAAGCGACUAUUCCUUACCAGAAAGACGUGUGGGCUCUCUACAUUAUAAGAAGCGCAUAAGUCAUCAAACAUCUACGCUUUCGGAAGAUAUUAAGCAUCAAUACAAUAGUAGCAACGAAAGUAUUGGUUCCGUACAUUCAAAAGCACAAUCGUCAAAACCAAAGACAAAGGCAGUGAACAAUGUGCAACCUGUUUCUACAAAUAGUAGCAUAAUACCAGAGAUUACAAAGGAGUUGCGUUUGAUGCAACGGCCUGUGAAUGGCUGUAAAUUUGGAGAUGAUAGAAUGGUUUUGGUAUCGAAUCAACAUGUGCCAUUUGUAAUAUUUUCUGCUAUCCCAUACAAUAAAGGACAACGUUCCAGCUGGUCAGAGUUACGUAAAGAUACAUGUCGAAGAAAAAAUGUGUCAUCUCAAAGACCUUUAUCAGCAAUUAAUGACAGUAUUGAUCCAUUUAGAUUGUUGGGUAUAGAACACGCUAAGGAUGGCCAAGAAAUAUCUUAUGGGCAAUUACUUGUACCAUCUCGGCAAUUUCAAAGGGAUAAAAAAAUGAUGAAUCUAAAUGAAAACGAACCUAUGGAAUUUACACAUUUUGUACCUAAUAAACAUCAUGUGGUACAAAGGACAAAAACAAUUACUUGGAAUGUGGAUCACAAAAAAUGGUGUCUUUCCUAUGAUACAGCUACAAACCGUGCUCAUUACAUAACUUCUGAGUCUCCACCAUUGUCUUUCAGCGUUGAUUCCAAAGUUCAUGAUUGGGAUGAACAAUCUGCCCAGUAUAAUCCAAACUUAUUGGAUGAUCCAGAACUUAUUGCUGGGAAACAUAGAACAUUGCUGACAUUUACAUCAUAUAUGGCAUCUGUUAUUGAUUAUGUAAGGCCUUCCGAUUUGAAGAAAGAAUUAAAUGAUAAAUUUAAAGAAAAGUUUCCACAUAUUCAACUCACUCUCAGUAAACUUCGUAGUUUAAAACGAGAAAUGAGAAAAAUAGCUAAAUUAGAAUAUGGAAUUGAUUUACUCACUGUCGCAAUGGCCUAUGUAUAUUUUGAAAAGCUUAUUCUUCGAAAUAUUGUGACAAAACAGACACGGAAGUUAUGUGCUGGCGCUUGUUUACUCCUCGCAGCAAAAUUGAAUGACGUGAAGGGUGAUAUUCUUAAAUCCCUCAUCGAGAGAAUUGAGGGUGUAUUCCGAUUAAAUCGCAAGGACUUAAUUACGUCUGAGUUUGCUGUGUUGGUAGCUUUAGAAUUUGGUUUGCAUUUGCCAACAUGGGAAAUAUUUCCUCAUUAUCAGCGAUUGAUUUAUGAAUCCUGACAUUCUUUUGUAUCGUUCUUUUCACGCAAUUUCAAAACCUCUUUAUGAGAAAAUUUCGAAA